CUUUCACUUCAAUCUCGGCUCUCUGCAUUGACACCAACAUCUUCCUCUUCUGUCUCACCUCCGACUCAACAUCCCCUCUACACACAACUCGGAUUCCAACAUGUCGACUACCUCAGGUGGUCCGCUCAUGACAAGAUCACCUAGACAAGAAAAUGCCGAGUACGAAGCUGAACUCUCUCUCGCCGUUUCUGACUCGAACCAAGAAACAUCCACUGAACACGCCGGCGACCCUACUGAGCCCAAGAUUACCAAACCUACAAGCUUCAUUGACCAGGGCUCACUCAGAACUGAGCUUUCUCGCCAAUACCAUCGAACCUCAAUGGAGCUUGACUUGAUUCAAGCCAGGAAUAUAGCCAUGGAGCGUAACUUGAGCUUCCACGAUAGCAGGGCUACCUUCCUCGAAACGUAUCGCGGACACCAUGGAAAUGGGAGAUCGAGGGUCAUUAUAAACGCACAAAGCAGCGAUGACCUAGGACACACUCGGCUGCUCAUGCAUUUCUCAGAAAUCACGAGAACACUUGGUAUCUCUGCCAUGUCAGGCCUGAAAACAUCUUUCAACGAGCUAGAGGCACUUGAGAAGGAAGUGGGUGGAUGGAUCAGGAAGUUCAAAGCGGCAGAGUUCGAGCCGGUCCUUACUCCAGAAGAGGUCGAACAUCUGCGUGGACUUGAACACUUUCUGCAUCUGACGAGUUCCGCAGUCUGCUCAGCGAUGCUGACCAGAUCUUGAAAAGUGUUUCCCAAUUGGUUUCAGCAGACACAUACACUAAGGCAAAGUCCGCAGUUGUCGGGUUGAAGGAGCAGGCUUCUCGCUUC